CAUCAACCAUCACUCAAGUAUCGCGUGAAUUUAUGAACAUCACCAGAAGAGCCAGUCUCCUCGCGAAACAUCUUCCAUCUCGAUCUUUCUCUACCGCUGCAGCCAUGUCGCAGAAGCUCAAUAUCAACUCGACCGUCAAGCUCGCUUCGGGCUAUGAGCUCCCAUUGCUUGGUUAUGGUGUCUACCAAACGUGAGUCUAUGCACCUAGUCUGGGCGGUCUGGGCAUCACGGUCCCGCAACCACCAAUCUGACUUUGUUUAUCUUCUGCAGCCCAGCAGACCAAUGCCAAGAAGUGACCACCCACGCUAUCAAAUCUGGAUAUCGCCAUGUCGACAGCGCUACGGCGUACCGCAAUGAAGAGCCGACGGCGAAGGGUAUGCUAGGAGCUGGUGUUCCCCGUGAACAGCUCUUCUUCACUUCCAAAGUGCCGCCAAAGGAAGUCAAUUACGAAGGCGCCAAGAAGUGCGUCAAUGAGAGUCUGCAAAAGACGGGCCUCAGUUACAUUGAUCUGUACCUGCUGCACGCUCCAUACGGCGGUAAAGAGGGCAGACUUGGAGCUUGGAAGGCGCUCGUCGAAGCCGUCAAUGAGGGCAAAAUCCGCUCUAUCGGCGUCUCAAACUAUGGUGUCCACCAUCUGGAUGAAUUGGAGGCAUGGCAGAAGCAGCAGUCUUCACCCAAGGAAGCCGGAAUUCUGUCAGUCAACCAGGUCGAACUUCACCCAUGGCUUGCACGCCCAGACAUCGUCAAGUGGUGUCAGGCCCGCAACGUCGUGCUUGAAGCCUAUUCUCCUCUGGUCAGAGCCACUCGCAACGAAGAUCCAGCUCUCACUCCGAUUGCCAAGAAGCACAACAAGACUCCCACGCAGGUCCUGCUUCGAUGGGGCCUACAGCAAGGAUUCGUGAUCCUGCCCAAGAGCGUCACGCUCUCGCGCAUCGAGGAAAAUGCCAACUUGUAUGACUUCGAGUUGGACAAGGAGGAUCUUGCAGCAUUGGAUACUGGAGAGUAUUCGCCAUGUGCUUGGGACCCUACUAAAGAGCCGCUCGAGAAGUAAGACAUCAUCUCGGUAACAUUAUGUCAAGUCGGAUGAUCCAGCUGGCCCAAAAACAUGAAUGAAGAUAGACCUAUCAGCUACUUAGCUGUAGAUCGGUCAAUAGGCUUCAAGCCAAGCCAUGUCAAUACGAGAUGGCUUGGAAAGACAAAUACUAGUAGACAACUUCGUCAGUUCCAAAUCACAUCGCAUACCUCGACG